AUGACUACUAAUAAUCCCACGCUGGUCAUCAUCGGGGGUGCCUUCCACACUCCAGAGAGCUACGAAAAACUCACCAUUGCUCUGCGGUCUUGUGGAUACAAGGUCCAUGUUCCGCGCUUGCCAACGUGUAACGAAGCCCGUCCACCCAACGCCGACAUGACAGAUGAUACCAACUUGGUCCACAAGUACGUCGACAGUCUUGUCAGCGCAGGGCGUACUGUCGUAGCCAUUGGUCACUCAUAUGGCGCUCAAGUCAUGACAAACGCGUUAUGUGGACUUGGACUCGAAACACGCUCAUCUCAAGGCCUCAAAGGGGGCGUCUCCGCCUUGGUCUACAUGAUAGGCUACGCUCUCCCAGAAGGCAUGUCUACUUUCGACAAGUUCAAGGAAUUCGGAAAUCUCGAGAACGUAUCCCUUGUCUUCGACAUGGCCGAGGACCAAACCAUCGUCCUCCGUGAUCCCAUCACGGUCUUGGGUCUUAAAGGGCCUGGCAUCGACGAUGCGGAAAUCGAGGCCUACGUUAAGACUCUAUGCCGCUGGCACGGAAAGGGCAUGAUGCAACCUCUCGAGAAAGCUGCCUGGAGGGAAAUCCCUGUUGCUUAUAUUCAUACAACGACGGACGCCAUGAUUCCUACCCCGGAACAACAGAGCAUGGUUGAGACCCUUGAGAAGGCCGGCCGCAAAGUUACAACAUUUGCAGUGGAGUCUGGGCACUGUCCUAACUUUGUUGCGACACAGGGUGUGGUGGACGCCGUGAAUAAAGUGGUUCAUGGCUGA